AGAAAAUCUAUCUACUCCAAGCAAACCUCCAGAAGAACCCCACCAUGAGGCAGUCCCUCCUGUCCGUCACCUUUGCCGCGGCACUCUUCCUCAACUGUAAUGCCCUGUCAAUGGUGCUACCCAUGGGCAAGGCUGAAGACGGAUCCUUGGAGCAAGAGGUUUUCAACUCUCUCCUAAACGACGAGGGAACGGAGAACAAUCUGGUUGAUGCAGAUCUAGCACCCAGAGCACGGACACCGAAGGUGAUCGUCAUCGCUGCUGAUCCAUCCAUCUGGAGGGACCUGCGAGUGCUGCAGAACGGGCUCUCCGUCUACAAGCGAAGAACCGAUGACAACCAGGUCGCUGAGAAUGGAGACGCCGGACAGCAGCUGGGCAUCCCUAUUCUUAGGAGGGACAACAUGAGGUGCAUGGUGGGACGGGUGUACCGGCCCUGCUGGGAAGUCUAGGACUGUUGUUCUAUUCUUCAAGGCGACCAAACCGAAGAAAAAAAAGAUACAG